AUGACAGCAGCAAAGACCCACCUACAGGCCUUAGACAAAAUACAGAACCAGGCACUACGAAUCAUUACAGGUGCCAUGAAGUCAACCCCAAUACAUAGUAUGGAGGAGAUAACAAACAUAACUCCGCUAAGUAAGAGAAGGGAGUGCAAUGCAAUGUUACAAGCCGCAAAAUACUGCUGUACUGAAGAUCACCCAAUGAAUAAUAGACUAACGCAACUCUCAUCAGGCAAACUGAAAAGAUCAAGUUUUGUAUUAGAGACAAGAGCUUUACAAAGAGAACAUCAUGAAUCACUACCAAAGCAAGUCAAACCUAUAGCCUUUUCUGUAAAUGACUACCCUACUGAAGAUAAACUGAGAAAUGUCAGCAUUCAGACAUCAGUACCAAACAUCACAUCCAAAGAUGAACAAUCUGAUAUUGUAAAGAAAACUCACAAUAUGACCAUGCUAGAAGAACAGUACCCCUCUGAAUUUUGGAUAAGAGUAUUCACGGACGGAUCAGCCACAAAUGCAAUAAAAAACGGAGGGGCUGGUAUAUACAUCCAAUAUCCAAAUGGAGAGCGACAAUCUGAAGCAAUACCAACAGGCUUGCAUUGUUCCAACUAUAAAGCUGAAGAAAAAGCCAUCAGUCAUGCUGCACAUACCAUCACAGACAAAGUCAAUAUCACAACUCCAGUUGUUUUCCUUACAGAUACUCUGUCUGUAUUACAGGGCUUGACAAACAACAAGCUACCAUCACUAGAACAGGCGCUAUUUAACAUUCAAAGUCGCAUAACAGUGCUACAAUGGAUCCCUUCGCACUGUGGAGUCUAUGGUAAUGAACAAGCUGACAUUCUCGCAAAACAAGGUGCUGGACAACAACAGGAGGAAACCCCAGUCUACCUUGCAGAGAUGAAAACCAUAAUAAAAUCUCUGUACAGAAAAUCCAACCAUCAAGACAGUUACCACCAUCUGUCGAGACCUGAACAAACCGUCAUAUUCAGACUGAGGACAGGACACAAUAGACUAAACAAACAUCUGAACAGAGUGAUGAAAGUGGUACCAUCCCCAAUGUGUCCCUGUGGUGAGGCAGAACAAGAUACAACACAUAUUCUACAGACAUGCAAGAACCAUCAGGCAUUGAGACAAAGGAUAUGGCCAUUACCAACAACCAUCAAGGAAAAGCUAUUUGGAACAGUGGAAGACUUACAGAAGACCACCAGAUUCGUAGAGGAAGCAGAAAUCCAAGUGUAG